AUGCAUAAAAUGCCAAUAAACAUUAAUUGCGAACUGCACAAUGCUUUAUAACCAUCCAAUGACUGCGAUAGCCUGCAAGAAUUGAAUAAAUAUACAUACAAAGUAUGCUUUUUUAUGAACUCAAAUUAUUGGUCCUUUCACAAAUUUUGAUUCUUGCGUCUGACGCUCGAAAAUUUUUCCAUCUAUUUUUAUUACGUCUUCACAAAGCAAACAUUGAUCUCUGAUCCAUGCAGUGACGCGCGUGCGAUAGCUCCAGCUAGAUUGUAAUUGAUGCGCUAUAUUUAGCGUUUCUUGUAAUACUGCUUAAUUAAGCUUGAUCGCUGAUUCAAGAAGUUGGUUAGUCGGAAGUGUCACGUUUAGAGAUCAUAACUGUUGAGGUAUUAUCAACGAUGAACUAUUUAGAAAGUGGAGAGGAACGCUUAAUCCACAAUGAUACCAUUUUUUCAACAGCGCCAAGUGCAUCUGCUGUAAGUGAGACUCGUAGAGGAUCUGGUGUAUUGGGAAUCAUUUUCUUAAUGGUCAAUGCAACACUAGGCGCUGGUCUGUUGAACUUUCCACAAGCUUUUGAUAAAGCUGGAGGAGUAGGAACAGCAAUAAUAGGUCAACUGGGUUUUCUCAUUAUGAUAACAGCUGCUCUCGUCAUCUUAGCACAUUGCAGUGACGUUACUAAUACAUCUUCUAUGCAAAACACUUUUGCUGGAUUGUGCGGUUCUAAAUCAAUAUUUGUUUGUGGGAUUUGUGUAGCUGUAUAUAGCUUUGGAUGCUGUGUAACAUUUUUAAUUAUAAUUGGUGAUCAGUUUGAUAGAGUGUUAGCUACAUUCUAUGGACCUAGUUUCUGCCACAACUGGUAUUUAUCUAGACCGUUCAUUACAACAUUGACCUGCAGCAUUUUUAUAUUACCCUUAUCUUUCGUUAAACGUUUGGAUGUAUUGAGGUAUACCAGUUCCAUUGGAUGUAUUACAAUUAUUUAUGUUAUAUGGUUAAUAAUUUAUGAGAGUAUCACCGACACUGGAAUAUCUUUGAAACCCAUGCAAAUAUGGCCUGAUAACUGGAUGCAAACGCUUCAGAUAAUACCAAUUAUAUGUUUUGCUUAUCAAAGUCACAUGACUGUGAUACCAACAUAUGCUUGCAUGAAAGAUCGUAAUCUUGACAAAUUUACUUUUUGUGCCGUUAUUAGUAUGAUUAUUUGUUUUCUGGCAUAUACUAUAGUCGGUAUAAUUGGAUACGGAACAUUUGGUAUCGGUCGCGUUCCUAGUGAUAUUUUACAAGGAUAUACAGAUAAAAGUAUCUUUCUGACAAUUGCGAUAAUUUCGAUAGCUAUAAAAAAUUUCACCACCUAUCCGAUUGUAUUAUUUUGUGGACGCGAUGCAUUACUUUCUCUCUUUGGUAGAGAUACCGAUAAUGGACUUGUCACUAGAGUCUUCGUUACAUUAAUAUGGUUCACAUUAUCCCUUAUCAUUGCUAUUUUAGUACCAGACAUUUCGUCGGUAAUCAAUCUCCUAGGUUCCUUGUCAGCAGCAUUUAUUUUCUUAUUUCCAGGCAUUUGCCUUCUUCAAAGCACGUUAUUAAAGGAUCCAAAUUUAUGCCUGAAUAAGGAUAAGAUUAUAAUAAUUAUCGCCAUAUUUAUCACUGCUCUUGGUGCAUUCGUUGCUGGUGUUGUAUUCGUAGAGGCACUUCAGGAUCUGAGUAAAGAGUCUAUUAAACCACCAUUGGUUACUGGCUUCACAGCAAGACUCAGAGAUAACUUGUGCGUUUAAAAUUCAAUAAUUUUUCUUCAUGACGCAUACGAACUAUUAACAUUGAUAGUCUUAUACUUCAUAAUGAGUGCUUUAAUAUUUGUUCAAUAUGUUUCGUUAACAAUAUAUAAUGGAUUAUUGUACGGCUUUGUAGUUCUGUAUAUUGCUCAAUAAUGUUUUAAUGUUUGAUAAUUUUUAUUGCAAGUCUUCGAUCGACUUUGAGAAAGUAAGACUCAACGAAAGACUGACGUGAUUAUUGUAAUAUAAGCGGAAAAAGAAA